AUGGCGGCCCGGCUCGGGCUCGGGAGGGCCAAUGGGAGAGUCGGAGGAGAGCGCCGUAAGGACGCGGCGGGGCUCCGGGAAGCGCGGCGAAGUUCGGGGUGGCUUCUGGCGUCCGCCUUCGCGGGUGGAACAGGGGCGAUUCUGGAGCGCGAGGAGUAG